GAGACGCGGUCGUCAGCGCCGAUGGCUGCGUACGAACCUGUCCCGACCGACGAGCAACAAGUGAGCCCCGACGGCUCACCGACACCCACAAAGCCUGCACGCAGUAGACUCCUGAAGCUCUCGAAGCCGCUCCUCGUCCUCGCUGCCCUCUGCCUGACCGCGCUCGUGUCCUACAAGGCCGGCCAGUGGUCUGUGGAGCGCAGACCUCCGUUCGAAGACGAGAGACCAGCGGUCGCAGAGACCCAUCCUACGGCAGCGCAAGACACGGAGAAGGCCGUUGCGAGUUCUAUUGUGAACGACACCGCGGAGAUGCCUGGAAACGGAAAGUACAGUGUCGGCUACUUUGUCAACUGGGGCAUCUACGGCCGCAAAUUCCCACCGCACAAGAUCCCCGUGCAAGAUUUGACGCACAUCCUCUACGCAUUUGCAAACGUGCGGCCCGACAGCGGCGAGGUCUUCCUCUCGGACACCUGGGCGGACCAGGAGAUCCACUACGCCGGGGACUCGUGGGGCGACACGGGCAAGAACCUGUACGGCAACUUCAAGGCCAUCUACAAGCUCAAGAAGGAGCACCGCCACCUCAAGGUCCUCCUGUCCAUCGGCGGCUGGACGUACUCGCCGUCCUUCCAUCCCGUCGUCGUCAACCCCGCGCUGCGGUCCAAGUUUGUCGCGUCUGCGGUGAGGCUGCUGGAGGACAACGGACUGGACGGCCUGGACGUGGACUAUGAAUACCCGUCAGACGAGGCGCAGGCCCGGGGGUAUGUCGAGCUGCUACGGGAGAUGCGGCACGCUUUGGAUCGGCACGCGGCCAAGAAGGGAGCGAACUAUCGAUUCCUUCUAACGAUUGCUGCGCCUUGCGGCCCUGACAAGUAUAGGAAGCUGUUUGUCCGAGAGAUGGACGCGGUCUUGGACUUCUGGAACCUGAUGGCAUACGAUUUUUCUGGAUCCUGGGACAGCAUUGCGAAUCAUCAGGCAAACCUUUUUGGAGGCCCGCUCAGCGCAUCAGAAGCAAUAGGCUGGUACAUUGCCCAAGGCGUGGCGCGCGACAAGCUUGUCAUGGGCAUACCCGUCUACGGCCGCUCCUUUGCGAACACCGACGGGCCAGGGGCACCCUUCCAGGGCAUCGGACAGGGCAGCUGGGAGGCGGGCGUGUACGACUACCGCGCGCUGCCGCUGCCGGGCUCGUACGUGCUGCAGGACGACCAGGCGGUCGCGAGCUGGGCGUACCACUACCAGACGCGGGAGAUGGUGAGCUUCGACAGCGAGGCGGUGGGCGCGGCCAAGGGCGCGUGGAUCGGGCGCGAGGGCCUCGGCGGGAGCAUGUUCUGGGAGCUCUCUGGCGACAAGAACGGCGAGCGCGAGGACAUGGAGCGCGGGCCUGGCAAGGAGCCGCAGCCUGGCCGGAGCCUCGUGGCGACCGUGAAGGAGGCCAUGGGCGGGCUGGACAAGAGCCCGAACUGGCUGGAGUACGGGGGAAGCCAGUUUGACAACAUGCGGAACGGGAUGGAAUAAAGGGCGAUAUUGAUGAGACACUUUGUACUUGUACAUGUUCUUCGAAUGAUGGUCGUUAGCAGGUCCGCGUCCGGACGCUUCAACAAGAACAAAACUCCGCGACAUGGGGGCGAACGACGACACCUUCCGGAUCGGGCGACGGGAACAGCGGCUUCCUGCCGCAUAUGGCAGGUCUGUAUGUUUGCCUCCCACGCCUUGUUCGAGUUCUGCUCGAGUCCCAGCUCGUCGCGUCGGCGACGACCUCGAGUCCCUGCUCGCGUCGGCGACGACCUCGAGUCCCUGCUCGCGUCGGCGACGACCUCGAGUCCCUGCUCGCGUCGGCGGCGACCUCGAGUCCAAGACCCAGUCCCGCUGCCUCUCUGCCAUUAUGUACAAACGAGUGUUGUGCACCGCGCUGUGAGAGCACUAGGACACAUGCGCUGUGCCAGCGCGCACUUCCAACUCAAACAACGAUACAUGCGCUAAACACGCGCUGCGCAGAACCCCUCUGUCAGCCUGCAAGUGCCUCCUGGCUGCACCGGACGACGGCGCCAGCGAGGGCCCACCCAGUUCGCCGCACCACGCGGCAGCCUCGCGGACGCGCGCAAACUUACGCUGUCGCAGCGUCGCCUCGUGGCCGCCGUGGACGGCGGAGAGGCCACAGCAACCAGCGAGGCAAUUGCUGUCCAUGGGCGAUGCGUGCCACCGACGACCACGAGGCGCUGUACGUCGAGAGGAACAUCUGCCACGCGCGUCCGGUCAGGCAAGCGGCGCCUGCGAUGACGAC